AUGUCGUCCCGAAGCACCUCCCCCCUUUACAACCCCUGCUCAGUCAUCAACAACAUAAAUCUGAAUGACACAAAAUCGCUGCGAGAAUUCAUGGUCGCUUUCAAUGCCUAUAUCAACCAGUCCUUCCUUGAUACAGUCACCUCGGAUAAGAGUAUCAUCCCUCUCCACGCCGCCCAUGCGCAGACAUUUCGUCGCAUCAUCCGAUCCAUCAAGGACUACUCUCCAACUCAUCGAUUAUUGUUAGAUGCUAUGACCAAGUUUGCUGCCGCUGCGAAUGGUUCGAAAGCGGAUAUCAAGAGGGCUACCAUGGGAUUGGUGAACUUGGCGGAUUCAAAUGCGCUAGAACGUCCGAUGCAUCAUCCUGAAGAGUACAUGGCCGCUUUGGAGAAAUUCGAGAGCGAGAGUGGAGGUUGCAAAUGUGAAGAUGGCGACGUUUUCGACAGCGAUGAGAAGAAAGAGGGAGAAGACGAUGUUGAGAUGCAAGAAGUUGUCAGCAGCAAUACUAGGUCUACCAGAAAGGUCCGUGAAGUGCAGGAUUCGGAGGAUGAAAAUACUGAGACUGAAUGUUCAGAGAAUGAAAUGAGUAAGCGCUUUCAAAAAGAUGAAUUAUUGGUUAGAAUUCACACAGGGAGACGUAGCCCGAUGUCGCUUCAGCCGAAGAAGAAACCUCGUCUUCGUACCCACAAGAACAAAAUUGAGAAAGUACCCAAAGAGAAAUUACGAAGGGCAUGCUUGACAUGUUACACAUCUCAUGUAAUGUGCGAUAGAGUGAUGCCAGUUUGCGGAGCUUGUCACAAAAACGGGAAGGAUUGCCAAUGGGAACAUACUGGCGAGGUUUCUCCUUACUGGGUUGCUGUGAACAUCAAGUGA